UGGGAUUUCGACUUUUUAAACGUCUGUCUUCUCUGUGAACUCACACGCGUUCCCAGCAACUCUGCGCAUGCGUGACAGACAUGUUGAAGCAGAGUAAAUAUUGACGGGAAAAGCACAUUAGAGGUGAGAGAUCACUUCAGAGAGAAUUUGAACUCGUUUACCGCCUUCUAUCGACAUAUAUAGAUGAUUAGUCAUGCGUUUACUCGUUCGGGACGCUUAUAAUGUGUUUCAAAGCGCAAUGUUUUGUUUGAUGCGUCGAUACGUGAGCAGCAGCGCAACAGAGGAUCACAUCAAGAACUUCAUUAUAGAUAACACAGAGAUAGUGAGCAGCCAAAGUUUAACCCCAGAGAUUUCUUUAAGACUAUUUACACCAAACUGCCGGUUUUGGACCGACAAACCUGAAUUAUGGCCUUUCCCUGACCCCUACUGGGCAAUAUAUUGGCCGGGUGGACAGGCAUUGACUAGGUACCUCUUAAACAACCCUGAGGUGUCUACAGGCAGAAAAGUGCUGGAUCUCGGUUGUGGCUGUGGAGCAUCAGCCAUAGCUGCUAAACUCAGUGGAGCUUCCCAUGUGGUGGCCAGUGACAUAGAUCCAAUUGCUACAGUUGCCACAAAAUUGAACUGUGAUUUAAACAACUUGGAGCAUCUACCCUGUGUGACAGAGAACAUGAUUGGCUCAAAGCCUGAAGACUGGGACCUCAUCCUUCUAGGAGACAUGUUCUAUGAUGAAGAUCUGGCUGAUAGUCUGCAUAAGUGGCUUAACACAUGCAUUGUCACACAUGGAACACAAGUGCUUAUUGGUGACCCUGGAAGGGCUCAAUUUGAAAGCCAUGGCAUCAGAAGACUUUUACAUCAACUGGCUCAUUUUGAGUUACCUGACUCAGUCAAAGAGGAAAAUUAUGGACUAACAAGUAGCACAGUGUGGUGCUACAACCCUGACCUCUGACAGCUAAUGUAUUUAAACUGUAAAAGAUAAAAUGGGUAAAUUAAACUACAGUAUAAUUCUAAGAAUAUGCAAAUGUUCAACAAUUAGUGCUUUUUUAUGUGUUGUCCUUAUUAGUACCUAUUUUAAUGGUAUUUCCAGUUUUGAAGCUACAAAAAUCACACAAGUCAGCAUAAAAGUAAUCCAUAAGACUCCAGUGGUUAAAUGAAUAUGUUCAGAAGCGAUAUUAUUGGUGUUGGUGAGAAACAGAUCACUUUCACAUUCUUCUUCUUGUGUUUUUGGUGAUUCACAUUUUUCAUGUAUAUUGCUCCAUACUGGGCAGGGAGAAUAAUUUCAAGCAAAAAAAGGACUUAAAUAUUAAUCUGUUUCUCUCCCACAUCUAUCAUAUCAAUCCCAUUUUUGGGUGAACUAUCCCUUUAAAUUUUAUACAGCAGUUUGUAAACAUUUACAGUACAAACAGUGAAGACUAAAUGACUCUAUAGAAAUGCAUCUGCUUUGUUAUACAUUUGAGCAUUUUUAGACAUAAGCACAUAAGUCUUUUUAUAUCAGACUCCAUGACACUUGUUGGAUCUUGUCUGGGCCAACGAGUUUUUGGAGCGCCUCCUGUCAUGACAGAUACCCCACAACAGCCAUCAAGUCAAAGAUUUCUCAGAGGCGCGAAGUUCUGAUUCUAAAAAUGGACUUUUAUUACAAAGUAACAAAGCCGAGGUGGUCCAUGGAGCAUCUAAAAUUACACUUCAGAACAUGCAUAUUUUAUACAGUUUCUGUUCUCCUUAUCUCUUUGAGCAAUGGCCUCUUCAUCCAAUAAAAUCAUCUUAUGCCUCCCUAGUUUCUCCCUUCUAGCUGGUCAUCCUGACCCAACAAUGUUGGCAAAAGCAUGACUAUUUCAUUUUUUAUGCAUAAAACACCCUGUAAUCACUUCAUAUGGUUACAUAUUUUAUAUUGACUAUCAUUACUUUCUUAUUACAGUUGUUGGUUACACAAAACAUUCCUGUAAGAUGGGAAAUGUAUCCACCCACAUGUUUCAUCUCAUUUCUAGGACUAAUUAACGCACAUAUAUCAUCUGCCUUUUUUGGACACCAGGCAGUGUCUGACUCUGCUCUUGUUAAAACAUUAAAUCAUCCUUUUAGUAUCAACACACACACAUCUCCUUCAAGGUCAUUCACAGAAAGAGUCAUACAGAGAUGGAUAACCUAUGGAUGAUGUUUAUGCUGACUGUCUGUUCUUUUUGGAGCCUGAAAGGUCUGAUCACCAUCCACUUGCAUUUUAAGGACUUACUGAGCUACGAUAUUUUUCUUCAAAUGCGUUUUGCAGAAGAAAGAAAGUUAUACACACCUGGGAUAUCAUGAGGGUGAGUAAAUGAGAGAAUUUUCAUUUUUGGGCAAACUAACCCUUUAAUUUUUGUAAGGUAAAGUUUGAUUUAGGGGUAGGGGUUGGUGUAUGGUGUCUGUGGGACUUUAAAUAAACACAAUAAACAAGCUGCAGUGAUGCCCCGAUACUCUAUUUUCUUCACCGCUUAGUCCAUUAGGGUCGUGGUGGCAAUAGGGAGAGCAGAGAGGCCACAGACAUCCCUGUCCCCUGCAACUUCCUCCAGCUCAACCCGGGGGAUCGCCAGCUGCUCCCAGGCCAA